GAGCGCCCGGAACGCCCAGGAAGCAGAUCCCCGGGCUGUGGAUAAAUGGCUGGGGCUGCAGCCGCUGUGAUGCUGCGCUUUUUGCGAGGAGCUGAAUACUGUGCGGGGCUCGGAGCUGCAUUUCCCGCCGCCGUGUCGCCGGGCUGACCACGGAGGACACCGUUCGUCCCUGUCUGACGCCGGUGCCCCGCUGCCCGCCAGAGCCAGGUAAUCCUUGACUGCCACCUGUGCUUGGGACGAGGUUUUUUCAUAAUGGAAUUUCCAGAUUUGGGGAAGCACUGUUCAGAACAGACUUGCAAGCAAUUAGAUUUUCUGCCAAUAACAUGUGACGCCUGUAAGCAAGAUUUCUGUAAAGACCAUUUUUCCUAUGCGGCCCAUAAGUGUCCUUUUGCAUUCAAGAAGAAUGUGCAGGUGCCUAUAUGUCCACUCUGCAGCAUCCCUGUCCCUGUGAAGAGGGGUGAGAACCCAGAUGUGGUGGUCGGAGAGCACAUGGACAGAGACUGCACCUCCCACCCUGGCAGGAAGAAAGAGAAGGAAGGAUGGAACCCUCGCAUGUGUAGAUGUCCUCCAGCAGGCGACACAUCCCAGAGCUUGGUCCAAACUCCACCCUACACUGGGAGGUUCAUGCAGGUUUUCACACACCGCUGCUCCAAAGAGGGAUGCAGGAAGAAGGAGAUGCUGCAGCUGGCUUGUGUGCAGUGCCGUGGCAACUUCUGCAUCCAGCACAGGCAUCCACUGGACCAUAGCUGCCAACCUGGGAGCAGCUCAGCCAGCAGAGCGGGGACUUCAGCAACCAGGGCUCCUGAACCGAAGCCGUUGGGAGCUUUAAACGCCUUGUCCUCCAGUUGGCUGGCCAAGCAACUCAGGUCCUAUUCCAAAAUGCAUGUGGAAGGUGAAGCGAUGGUGAGAUUCUGGUCUGCCUCCACUCUGCCCCACACACCAGCUCGUUUCUGCACUGUUUUCAUCUUGCUGGCAGGCCUCCAGUGCUGCCCUGCAUCUCUACUGCCAACAGAGUGAAUAUGAAAACUUCCUGUGAAUAUACAAGUUAGGAGUCAGGAGAUGGCUCAGUGGGUAAAGUGCUUGUCUCACAAACAAGGACUUUAGUUCCUCCCCAGAACCCAUGUUAAAAAGAGCUAGGCAUGGUGGAACACACUUGUCAUCCCAGCAGAGGGAUGGAGGAUCCUGAGGCUCACUGUCAGUCAACCUAGCCUAAUUGGAGAGAGGCCAGAGAGAGACCCUGUUUCAAAAACCAAGGUGUACGGCUCCUGAGGAACACUAAGGUUUGCCUCUGGCCUCCCCACACACAUGCACGCGCACACAGAAAGAAUGCACAAAAUAAAUGAUGAGAGCAAUUCAGCCAAACUCAGGUGGAUUAGAAUGCCAGCCAUCUUAGACAAAGCUGUCCGGUGUACCACAUGUGCCUUAAAACCACGAAAGCAGGCAUAGGGCUUCCUUCAGUACUGUCCUGAGUAUUGGUAUAGAGUUCUGGCAGCCUGUUGAGACUGUUAACUCUGCCCAGGUGACAUAUCCUAGUCAUGCAUUUCAGGUUGUGGCCUUUAGAUAUAAUGGGGGGGAUUCCCAUUCAGUCUCCCUCACAGAGACAUGACUAGGACCACUUGCCUAGAGCUGAUGGUUCUCCAGGGUAGGGGCAGCAUAUCAGUACAGUGCUACCCUCCACCCCAGCUUCUGACUAGGUGUGGGGGCACUUGGGAUUUGCACUUAGAACAAGAUCCAGACCAUGCUGCUAUCUGGGGACACACUGAGAUAAACCACUUUCCUGUGCCUCUGCUGCCCAGGGUGACAGCCAGUAGCCACAGUGAGGCACACUAGAGAUGUACCCAACACAACUAAGCUUUUAAUUAUACUUCAGUUUAAAAAUAGCUGAGUUCAAUUAUUAGGAAAAGUUAUAUUAGGGACUUGGAUAUGCUAAUCUAUUUUUUAACCUUUCGUUUUAUGAAAAGAUGUUUCUUAAAGAUGUUUAAGCGGAGAUGACUCCAAAUCUGGACUCAAAAAUCACAUUUAGAAAGGGGGUGCAUGACUCAGUGGUAAUGCACUUGCCUAGAGUCCCACUGUAAGGGGCUGGGUGUGUGGAUCAGCGUUAGAGCACCUGCCUAGCAUGUGCCCAGCCCUAUUCCAUCCCCAGUACUUGAAGAAAGCAAAACAAAAAUCACACUGGGCUUUGAAGACAAUACCAAAUGUAGAUAACUAUUUAAAACCUGGUUUACAUGUUGAAAUACUAUAUAAUGGUUAAAUAAAGUUAUUCACCUGU